AUGUCGAAAGCGAUCCUCUACAUGUCCUGUGACGACCUAGAUGACAUGGACAUCUUCAUCAUGCUCCGUAAACUCGACAAAGAUGGAAAACCUAUGCUCGCUCUCAACGUACCUUGGGAAGGUCUUCCGGUCACAGAAUUUGAUCAGAUUCCGAAAGAAGGCGCGACAGAAGUCAUUCUCUACGCCGGUCCUACAGGCAUCCUACGAGCCUCGCUACGGGCGAUUGAUUGGGACAAGACUAUGCAUGAGAACUGGCCCUUCUAUCCUCAAGAUAAGGAGGAGAAGAUUCAGCACAGUAAGGUCGUGAGGUUGGAGAUCGGGAUAUGGGCUACGGGGAUUGAAUUUGAGGCGGGUGAGCGCAUACGGUUUCAAGUUGCUGGAACGCCGCAAGGGUUGUUGAAUUUCCCGAUGACGGAUCAUGUGAAGAAUAAGGGAAUCCAUAAGAUCCAUGUGGGUGGGCAGUACGAUAGCCACGUUGUUCUGCCUUUUACCUAA